CCGGCAGCGUGGGCGCCAUGAGUUGGUCGUGCGGAUGGCAGGAGGGCGGCAGAGGCGCCGCCCACCUGCCUCACAUGUGCUGUGCCUCAUAGUGUGAGAGUCAGCAGUAAACAAGUGGCCGUGGUGGGCUUCGUAACCCAGAGAGUCACCCACGGCACCUCUCAUUCACAAGUCUGCUGGCUUAGCCUCCUCUCCUCCUCACACCGGGGGGAAUUUUUCCAAGUGGAGGUGCACGGGAGGAGGGCUGGAUGUGGUGUAUGUGGAGCGAGGCGGACAACUACGUAGUAGGCUAAGCCAGGGCACUGGUAGCCUAGCGAUGGUGCCAGUCAAUGAAUGUUGCUUAGUGACACAGUGGCGCUGCGCGUAAACAUUACAGGGUUCAGUCCAAGUUGUGCCGUGGCCGAGUGAGGUUGUGCUACGCCUCUCCUCCGCCACCCCGAUACUCCCUCGGGGAAACGAUCCCAGUUACAUGAACUUAAAGAAAGUGAGAUUUAUUUAGGAUACAAAUGUUGAAGCGACCGGAAUAUACGUUAUAGUGCAAGUGCAUUGUAGCGCUGGCAGCUGAACGAGCCGUCUAAAUGGUGUCUCGCGCGAAGGGUUCAGCGGGGACGAUGGCUCUCCACUGCUCGCAGGCCAAACUCUGGGUGAAGACCCACUACGAGCGUCAUGAAGACGGUGUGGUGGCCAAGUCGGUCAUGUACAAGCAUUAUGAGGACUUUUGCCGCGACCAGGGCCGCAACAUCAUGGAAACCAGCAUCUUCGGCCGCGUGGUCAAGUCCGUCUUUCCCGACGUGACUAUCCGUCGCCUGGGAGGACGGGACAACCUUAAAUACUAUUACUGCGGCAUCCAGGCCAAGGAUACCUCACCACACGCCAUCGAUAACGCCACCACCACCAGACCCAAACGUCGCCUGCGUAAGCGGGAAAUUCCUCCAGACAAAUCUGACGUGCACCGCUGUCUGGUUUGGCUUCACAAGAACUACUGCAUCACACCAGACUCCUCAGUCAUUAAGUCUGACGUGUACGACCGCUACGUGCUGGAGUGCAUAGCGGGCGCGGGGGAGCCAAUAUCCAUGCAAAACUUCCUUAUUGUGGUGAGCCACGCCUUUCCGCAGGUCAAGAAAAAAAAGUUGAUGCCUAGAUCAAACCAGCACAAAUUCUACUUCGGCCUCCAGGAGCGCGCUACCCCGCUGCUUCUCGACGCUGCCCCGACAGAACUCAUGCGUAUGGUUGAAUACAUGUUUAAUAAUGGUAGAUUAUGUUACCGCUCGGAGCUGGAACACGACGACGACGAUGACGAUGACGAUGACUGCAGUUGUCGCAGUCCUGUCUCUGACACGUCAGAGGGAUCCCUACGGGACUCUCACACCCCAGUCUCAGGUGAAACUCCCGGCGCUCAAGCACACUACUUCCACUCCUACAUUAAGGAUGAACCCGUCGACUACAGCCUCCAACAUUUAAAACUCAAAGAUGAGCCUCUGGACGAUGAGUUCACUGUGAAAGAUGAACCUUUAGACCUUCACAUCCCCCGCGACGUGCAUGAUAUGGAUACCUCUUAUAUGGCCAGUCCUGAACGCUCCCCCUCCAUUACCACUUCUAUAAGUGAUUCCCCGAGUCCCUCAGUGAAAGACCAAAAAACUAGAAAACUCUAUAAACCUCGUUUUCACAUUAUAUCUGAUUAUAAUGAUGAAGGCAGUUGGAAUAGUGAACCUGACCCAAAGAUGGAAAAAUUUGAAGUGCAGUACUGUAAUAAUUCUGUCCAGUCCCAGUGGGAGAGUUUCCUAAGAAACUGGUUAUCUCGAUCAUUUGAGGAAUGUGAGAGAAUGUGUGUAAAUAGGGAUCAAGUGUACGCUUAUUAUGAGAAGUUUUGUGAGAUGUCUGGCACUACGGCGCUGCCUCUCACCUACUUCGACGAGACAGUGUUUAAGGUGUUUCCUGGCGUCGCAACCAUGAUUCAUCCUUCAGACAAGACAUUCUAUGAAGGUAUUCGUGUCCAUUUACAUUCCGAUUUGUAUAGCCGUAUUGAAGAAUUAAUCGACGGCGAGCCGUGCAUCCAUCAUUUAUUAGAUAGCGAGGUCAGCAUGCAGCAACAUUCCAUGGAACUCUCUCCCCCGCCUGGCGACGCCCCUCGUAUCUCUCCACUAAUGUUAGACGAGGACGAUGUGGCUGACGAACCUUACGCGGACCACUACCGCGACGCUCCUGACGAGGAGUUACAUUCCACCCCAGAGGUGCUACGAGAUGGCAAGUACUACCUACGUAUGUGGCUCACUGACAACUUCGAGUCUGUACCUGACUCGUGCGUGCUCAAGGCUGAUGCCUACCGUCACUAUGAAGCUUACGCGAAAUCUAUCAAGCAGACGCCUUUUGAAAUGAAUGUCUUUGGCAAGAUAGUGCGACAAGUGUUCCCUAAAGUGACAAUCAGGCGGCUAGGUGGGCGUGUCAAGCCUCAGUAUCACUACUGUGGCAUCGCUGUCAAAACUUCGAGUCCCCUUUUCCAGUAUAUGAGUGGGAGAGAUCCAGCACAGCGGUCCAGAAAAAAAGAGAUUGCUACAGACAAUAAGAGUGCUGAGAUUGUCAUAGACUGGUUACGGGGCCACUACGAGCCUGGCACGGAGCGGAUCAUCAUGAAGAGUGCAGUAUUUAGUAACUAUUGUACCUACUGCAAGUCCAUCAAUGAAAAUCCAGUCACACUGAACUAUUUCGGCAAGUUAGUGAAGCAUUGUUUCCCUAACGUGGAAGUACGGAAGUGUGGUGGCCGCAGUGAGCCUACUUGGUACUACUUCGGUCUGGUACCUCGCGGGGAGGCUGGAGCCUCAUACCCUGGUUCACACCACCACCUCGAACUCCACGACGACCUCCAAGUACCCCAAACCACGCUUACUGAGUCCAGACAACUCAGCCCCUUGGGUCACGAGUUGGGUCACCUCCAUACCAUACCCUCGCAUACCACUAGUCCCAUUCCAAUUUCCCUGAACAAAGGAGAGGCGGGGUCACACCUGGCCGCUCCGCCCAAUGGUUCCUACAGUACAGCUACCAUGAUGCUUCAGUCAGUGCUACUUAACCAGCAUGUUAAUCUUGCUCAAUCUCCGCUCCUCAACCGCCGGUCACCUUUCCACGGGUCUCCGGGCGAGGGGCUGCUAGAAGGGUCGUACCAGCGUUCUCCUCACGACCCAUUAUGCUGUGCCUCGCCCACCCGCGCCUACCCUGACCACCUCACCUCGCAUUCUCCUGCUGCAGAAGGCAGCAGCUUGCAAGAACUGCGGAGACAGUUGCUGGCUCGGUCACCCUAUGAGCCAGGCGACGUGCCCUCAGACAAUAUGUUCUCUCGCUCUCCUGGGGACUCCUCGGCUCAGUACUGCAGGUCCCCGCGAGAGUUACUAGAGGGAGAAGUUAGCAUAGCGGCACACUCCCCAGCAGAAACCUCUAUCAUGUUCUCCCACUCGCCUCUAGAGGCCAACUACCCCGGAGGGAUUGCGAGGCCGCGUUCCUCCUUAGCAGGGGCCAGCGGGGGUGGGCAGGUGGUACCUGGGCUACCCCAACAGCUGCAGCAACAGCAACAGCACGCCCUCCCCCACGCCCACAAGAGACACAGAAUACAACCUCAAUACGAUCACUACGACAUGAUGGCUGAUAUACACCUGGAGUGAAGCAAUGUCAUCCAAUGUUCUGACUUAGCUGUGAUACCUUGAUGCUGCGUACUCUCACUUCUCAGUCACCCGUGCCUCGCUCUCCCUCUCACCAGGAGCACUGUCCCGCCCUCUCACCAGGAGCACUGUCCCGCCCUCUCACCAGGAGCACUGUCCCGCCCUCUCACCAGGAGCACUGUCCCGCCCUCAAGGGCUUCCUCAUUCAUGUACUGCUGCUGCUGUCAGCAGGAGGGCAGACUCUGGAGCAAGUGGUGGCACUCUUUAGUAGUGCUGUUGGCACCCUGCAGAAGGCGUGCAGUGCUGUUGACACCCUGCAGGAGGCGUGCAGUGCUGCUGGCACCCUGCAGGAGGCGUGCAGUGCUGUUGGCACCCUGCAGGAGGCGUGCAGUGCUGUUGGCGCCCUGCAGGAGAAGUGCAGUGCUGCCACCAGCAUCACUUUCUACCAGGAUGGUGCUCCACCAGGAUCUACCUAGUUCCUCCAGCAGGAUUCACCCAGCUUCUCCACCUGGAUGCACCCAACUCCUCCAGAAUCCACCCAGCUCCUACACCAGGAUCCACCCAGCUCCUACACCAGAGUCCACCCAGCUCCUACACCAGGAUCCACCCAGAACCACAUCUCCAGAACAUGAUGGUGGUUCAGGUUCUGCCACAGAUCAGUUCAUGUCAAAUGUUCCGCUGUGCCUCGUAAAUGCUCAUUGUUACUCAAAAUACACUCCCUGUGCCUCAUAAAUUCUCCCUGUGUGCCACACUGCUCCCUGUGUACCACAGUGCUCCCUGUGUACCACAGUGCUCCCUGUGUACCACAGUGCUCCCUGUGUACCACAGUGCUCCCUGUGUACCAUGAAAUUUUUCCUGUGAUAUGAAAAAAUGCUCCUUACAGUGGAAUGUUGUGAUGAUAAUGUCAUUACCAAGGUCUUUGUCAGUGUGUUUGUACCUGCUUUCAAAAUAACUUUCGUGACCCCCAGCCUUCAUGUUAUCAUUCCAUAACAACAAGAUUAAGAAUUUAAUUCGUGCAGACUGUUGUGAUAGACCCAGAUGUGAUAGACCCAGAUGUGAUAGACCCAGAUGUGAUGUUAAACGUUUAGAAAACUGACGAGUUGAAGACUGAGACGCUUUUGCAAGAUUUGGGUAUCAUUAUAAGAAUGUAGGAACAUAAGAAAGGAGCACUGCAGCAGGUAUACUGGUCCAUGCUAGGCAGGUCCAAGUAACCUACUGGUCCAUGCUAGGCAGGUCCAAGUAACCUAUUGGUCCAUGCUAAGCAGGGCCAAGUAACCUACUGGUCCAUGCUAAGCAGGGCCAAGUAACCAACUGGUCCAUGCUAGUCAGGACCAAAUUACAUCCGCUUAAGGAAGGAGCAAUGCAUUAAGUUUCGCCAGCCAGUGGCUUCUUCAGUCCAGUACAAAGAACAGUGGCAGAUGAGUUGGAGGUAAUUAGUCCCUCAACCUGGAGUCGAUGUGCUCAGUCCAUGAAGACUGAUGAUCAAACUGAACACAUCGACACCAGGCUGAGGGACUGAUUACCUCAAACUCCUUAUUUUCCACCGUUCUCUGUACUAGACUGAUGAAACUACUGUGUGGCGAAGCGUUUCCUCAAUAAAGAUACCCAAAUGUUGCACAUGUGUCUCAUUCUCCAGACCCAGGUGCCAUGGACCACCAGGUGCCAUGGACCACCAGGUGCCAUGGACCACCAGGUGCCAUGGACCACCACGUGCCAUGGAUCACCACGUGCCAUAGACCAUAGGGUGUCAUGGACCACAAGGUGCCAUGGACCACCAGGUGCCAUGGACCACCAGGUGCCAUGGACCACCAGGUGCCAUGGACCACCAGGUGCCAUGGACCACCAGGUGCCAUGGACCACCAGGUGCCAUGGACCACCAGGUGCCAUGGACCACAGGGUACUAUGGAAAAUCAGGUGCCAUAGACCUCAGGGGGCCAUGGACCACCAGGGUACAAUGGACCAUCAGGUGCCAUGGAUCACCGAGUGCCACUGACCACCAGGUGCCAUGGACCAACAGGUGCCAUGGACCACCAGGUGUCAUGGACCACCGGGUACCAAUGACCACAAGAAUACCAUGGACCACCAGGCGCCAUAGACCACCAGGUGCCAUGGACCACCAGGUGCUAUGAACCACAGGGUGCCAUGGAAAACAGGGUGUCAUAGACCACAGGGUGCCAUGGACCACCAGGUGCCAUGGAUCACCGGGUGUCACGGACCACCAGGUGACAUGGGCCACAGGGUGCCAUCAACCACAGUGCCAGUUGCUUCUUUUCCCCGGAGAGUGACCAGGUGAUGGCCAAGGGGUGACCAGCUAGGACCAGGUGGGAGGAACGACCACAGCCGUGGUCUUGAGUCUCUCAGGUGGUGCUGAGAGAGGAGUCUUCAAGACUUCUCUCUUAGCACCACCAGUGUCCUCAGCACCACCAGUGUCCUCAGCACCACCAGUGUCCUCAGCACCACCAGUGUCCUCAGCACUACCAGUGUCCCAAGCAUCACCAGUGUCCUCAGCACCACCAGUGUCCUCAGCACCACCAGUGUCCUCAGCACCACCAGUGUCCUCAGCACCAGUGUCUUCAGCACCAGUGUCCUCAGCAACACCAUCAAGGUCUUGAUCCAGUAUCAAGGUUCUGGACCACCAAGACCCUGGUCCAUCAUUAAGAUUCUGGUCCACCAUCAAGGUCAUGGUCCACUAUCAAGGCCCUGGUCCAACAUCAAGUUCUUGGACCACCAACAAGACCCUAGUCCAUCAUCAAAACCCUGGUCCACCAUCAAGGCCCUGGUCUACCAUCAAGGCCCUGGUUCACCAUCAAAGCCCUGGUCCACCAUCAAGGCCGUGGCUCACCAUCAAGGCCAUAGUCUUCCAUCAAGGCUCUGGUUCACCAACAAGGCCCUGGUCUAUCAUCAAGAACCUGGUCCAACAUCAAAGUCCUGGUCCACCAUCAAGACCCUGGUCCAACAUGAAGGCCCUGACCCACCAUCAAGGCCCUGAUUUACCAUCAAAGCCCUGGUUCACCAUCAAGACUCUCGUCCAUCAUCAAGGCCAGGUUCGCAUCAAGACCCUGGUUCAUAAUCAAGGCCCUUGUUCACCAUCAAGGCCCUGGCCUUCCAUCAAGGCUCUGGUUCACCAACAAGGCCCUCGUCUACCAUCAAGGCCCUGGUCCACCAUAAAGACCCUGGUCCAACAUCAGGGCCCUGGUCCACCAUCAAGACCCUGGUCCAACAUCAAGGCCCUGGUUCACCAACAAGGCCCUCGUCUACCAUCAAGGACCUGGUCCAACAUCAAGGCCCUGGUCCAACUUCAAGACCUUGGUCCAACAUCAAGGCCCUGGUCCCAACAUCAAGACCCUGGUCCAACUUCAAGACCUUGGUCCAACAUCAAGGCCCUGGUCCAACAUCAAGGCCCUGGUUCACCAACAAUGAACGUGUACAUGAACGUCGAUUCAGCUAUUAUUAUAAUUAUUAUUAUUAUUAUUAUUAUUAUUAUUAUUAUUAUAUCAUUAAGAUGUAUCGCCCCUGUCUAUUUAUUUUAUUUAUUGAUAAUAGACUUAAUGUAGUUUUAUACAAAGCCAGAUUUCUGUAAUACAGGAACAAGGUUUGUU